AACGGUGAACUGUAGUAGCAGGGCUUGGUGCUUUGUGACUUUGGGAGGUUUUACAGAUUCCUUCUUGUUCGCUUCGUCUAAUUGCUUAACAGUCAGUCUCGUCCUCUCCAGCAACAACAAUGGCGCCGCCUCCUGGACCCUAUUCUGGAACCAGCACCCUCGCCUUGGUGGCUCGGGCUUCCGCAUUCUCCUUUGGACUCGUAUACGGAAGCAUUAAGCUCAAGUAUCUCCAGGCAAAGGCUAAAUCUGAACAAAAGGCUGCGGCAAAGGCUCAUCACUGAAGGAGAUGUGUUUUAUCAGAAGUUGUGAAUGAAAAAUGAGUUGGUUUUCAGAUAGAAAUAAUACGAAAGGGUGGACUGUACCAAUAUUUCGAUUCUUAAAGCUUCUGUGCACCAUGAAAACUUUGCUUAAGUUCCAGGUUUUUUUUUAUUUUUGAUUUUUUUUUGAAUUGAGAAUUAUGAAUUUGGUACUUAGGAUGCUUUAGAUUUCCAUUUCAUAGCGAACAUUUUGAGGGUAAUGCUCCCGUGAUGAAUAAGAUGCUUAUUGUUUUCGGUCUUCAA